CUUAACAUAUAGAUUAUUAAUAUAUAAUUUUUAUAAUGUUUUAAUAUACAAAUUACAAGAUAAAAUGGAUUAAAGAAGUGCAUUGGAUGGUGUGCAAAAAUGAAAGUGGACAAACACUCAGGGACGGAGGGAGUAGUCAUUAUUCAACUAAAUGUCCAGCAUCACUUGAACAUUACUCUUCUCACUGGUCAUUCUUAAGUCGUAUUUAAAAAAUAAAAAAAUUUAAAUCCUACGUUAAUAAAUGACUUAUGUUUUAGUGUGCAAAUUUCACUAUAUAAAUCCGCUGUCUAUGGGUAUAUAUAUAUAUAUAUAUAUAUAUAUAUAUAUAUAGUACAUCCAUGCAUGCCCGCCUGGCCUCAACUAACCAGCUUCAUCAUCAUCCAUAUUAUUAGUACAAUACAGCUGACCAUCCGAUCCAUCUAUAAUCAUCGACGACGACGGUCAUAUAUGGCUACCGCUACUAGUACUCCGAGAGGGCACGUAGAGGAGAUCCGGAGGAGCAAGUUCUCAAUCGGCGGCGAACCCAACCCGCUGACGGAGGACCUCCACCAGGCCGUCAAGAACCUCUCCGCCGAGCUCUACUCCAAGGACGUCCACUUCCUCAUGGAACUCAUCCAAAAUGCAGAGGACAACGAGUACGAGGCGGGUGUGGAGCCCAGGCUGGAAUUCGUGAUCACUUCGAAGGACAUAACGGAGACUGGAGCGGAGGCGACGCUGUUGAUCUUCAACAACGAGAAGGGUUUCUCCCGGAAGAACAUCGACUCCAUUUGCAGCGUCGGGCGUUCAACCAAGAAAGGCAACCGCAACAAUGGCUACAUUGGGGAGAAAGGUUCGUACGAUGGUUGCCUACAUUAAUUAUACGUGUCUAUAUGGCCAUGUUUGAUACUCCCUUUCUCCUAAGAUCUUCUCGUUUUGACUUUUGAUGAUUUUUAAAGAGAGUUGAAAAAGAGAAAGUUUACCAAAAUACCCUUAAUGAGAAUGAGUGGGGUGUAUUAAAUAAGGUGUAAUAAAUAAAGUAAGUGGGA